UUCUACUCCUAUAUAUGUAGACACAUCGACCAAACCUUCAUCUCUCCGGCCACUCUAUCCAGUUUUCAAUGUGGCCGUUGAUGUCGAACACGAGAGUAGCCGGGGCCUCUUCGGCCCUCCCGGCACAUCCCCGGCAGGCGGCCGGUAGCGCUAGUGGCCACACCCUUCCUUCGGCUCCAGCUCUGGCGCCGCCGCGGUUCGUGUCAAAGCCCCGUUCGCACCAACACCGAGCGAACCUUCUUCGCCUUGCCUCCGCCCCUGCUGCCGAGCACGGAGCAUUCUUCUCUGGCGGCCGUCAUCCUCCUCCUCCUCCCAUGUCCUCCGUGCGCUGUUCUGCAUAUGCCGACAAGAGUUUGGUAGGAGAAGAUACAAACCUGCGAAACAAGGAACGGGAGGCUAUAAUAAAGAAACAGCUCCAGGAUCCUGAACUGUCACCGUCUCCAUACGACACGGCAUGGGUGGCUAUGGUGCCCCUGCGAGGUUUUCCUCAGACUCCAUGCUUCCCUCAAUGCGUCGACUGGAUAUUGCAAAACCAACGUGAUGACGGAUCUUGGAGUAUCAGCGAACUCGUCUUGCCGACCAGCAAGUCUGUUCUCUUAUCGACAUUGGCGUGCGUUGUUGCCCUUAAAAAAUGGGAUGUUGGCGCAGAGCACAUCAGAAGAGGGCUACAAUUUAUUGGAAAACACUUCUCCAUCGCUAUGGAUGAGCGGACUUAUGCUCCUAUAGGCUUCAGUAUUACUUUUCCUGGUAUGGUUAGCCUAGCCAUGGGAAUGGGUUUGGAAUUUCCUGUUAGACAAAAUGAUCUUGAUGUGAUUCUUCACAUACAACAGAUGGAAUUGAAAAGCUUCUCUGAGGGUAAAUCUUACGGGAGAGAAGCAUAUAUGGCUUAUGUUGCUGAAGGGCUAGGAAACUUGCUGGACUGGAAUGAAGUUAUGAAGUUCCAAAGGAAGAAUGGAUCCUUGUUUAACUCUCCUUCCACUACCGCUGCUGCAUUAAUCUACUAUUAUGAUGACAAAGCCCUCCAAUACCUAAAGUCUCUCCUUAGUACAUUUGGUUGUGCAGCACCAACAGGCUACCCAAUAAAUAUUUCAUGUCAGCUUUUAAUGGUGGAUUCUCUUGAAAAGACUGGUAUAUCUCAUCAUUUUUCUAAUGAGAUAAAGAGCAUCCUGGACAUGACACACAGUCUGUGGUUACAGCGAGAUGAGGAAAUCAUGCUGGAUGUAGCAACAUGUGCAAUGGCGUUUCGUAUUUUACGAAUGAAUGGAUAUGAUGUUUCCUCCGGUGAGCUCUACCAUGUUGCUGAAGCCGCCAAUUUUCAUAAUUCACUUCAAGGAUAUUUACAUGAUACAAAAUCAUUAUUGGAACUAUACAAGGCUUCAAAUGCUAGCAUAUCAAAAACUGAAACGAUCCUAGAUAACAUAGGUGCCUGGUCAGGCAGCUUAUUGAUGGAACAACUGCGUUCAUAUGGUGUGCAGAAAGUGCCAAUCUUUGAGGAGGUGGAGUAUGCUCUUAAGUUCCCCUUUUACGCCACAAUGGAACGUCUAGAGCACAAGAGGAACAUUGAAACUUUUGACAUUCAGGGUUAUCAGAUGCUGAAGACAGAAUACUCGCCAUGUCGUGUGAACAAAGACCUUCUUGCUUUGGCUAUUGAAGAUUUCACUUUUUCUCAGUUUAUUUACCAGCGUGAACUCCUACAUAUUGAAAGUUGGGUGAAAGGGAACAGGUUGGACCAUCUUCGAUUUGCACGACAAAGGCAGACAUAUUGCUAUCUCGCUGCUGCCGCUACCAUAUUCCCUCCAGAACUGUCUGAUACUCGCAUUUCAUGGGUCAAAAAUGCUAUACUCACAACUAUUGUUGACGACUUCUUUGAUAUUGGGGGAUCAAAGGAAGAGCUAGAAAACCUCAUAACAUUAGUUGAGAUGUGGGAUGAGCACCAGAGACUUAAGUUUCACUCUGACAGAGUACAGAUAGUAUUCCAUGCUAUCUAUGCUACAGUAAAUCAGCUUGCAGCGAUGGCUUCUGCAGCACAAAACCGUGAUGUUAGGAAACACCUGAUUGAAGUGUGGAUAUAUACAUUGAAGUCUAUGAUGACUGAAGCAGAAUGGGGUAGGGUCCAAUAUGUGCCAACAAUUGAUGAAUACAUGACAAAUGCAAAACUUUCCUACGCAUUGGGGCCUAUCGUGCUCCCAUCAUUAUAUUUUUUAGGACAAGAGCUCUCGGUGUGCGUUGUGGAAGAUCAAGAGUACGAUGAGUUAUUCAGUCUAAUGAGCACUUGUUGUCGUCUCCUGAAUGACAUCCAAGGCUUUGAGAGGGAGGGCAACCAGGGAAAAGUGAAUAGUGUUUCACUAUAUGUUCUUGACAGUGGUGGUUCUUUGUCCACAGAAGCGGCUAAGAAGGCAAUACAUGACUCUAUAGCGUUGUGUCGGAGAGAUUUGCUAAGGCUAGUUCUUAUGGAAGAUAGUGUUGUUCCUAGGCCCUGUAAGGAGCUGUUUUGGAAGAUGUGCAAGAUAAAUCACUUAUUCUACUCGCAGACUGAUGGAUAUAGCUCACCAGAAGAAAUGAUCAGCACAGUGAAUGCAGUUAUCUAUGAGCCUCUGAAAUUGCAAAUUAGCGAUCCAUCUUUGCUAUUAAACCGGAUAAGUAAGGAUUUUGUAAAUGACCAUGCGCUAUCCUCAGAAGAAAAAAUAAAAAGGGAUCUGGUAUAGUAUAAAUACCAUGUUUAAUUAUGUAGUGGGCAGAUGAUCAAAUAUAAGCUAAUUUAAACGGUUAAAUUGGGAAGUCUCAUGAGGAACGGAGAUCACUCUUUCCCCUGUAGUUCCGGUUUCUUGUGUAAAGGUCAUCCGGAUAUCGACGUUGUACUUAUUAAAGGCAUUUUUCUUUCUUAGUGCAAAGACAAUGCUAGUGGUUUGGUUUCUA